AUGUUCGUAUAUCUGGCGCGUGAGCUUAUCGGAACGCUCCGAAUCGUCCAUUGGCCCUACCAACGACAAUGGCGCCCCCCACGCGCGCCCGCUCCGUCAGCAAAGACGUCUUCCCCAAAGUCUUCUCCAAGCUCAAAACAUCCGCCUACAUCGACAACCUGCGCCCCAACGCCUCCAUCUCCUCCUCGCACUACAUCCGCAGCAUCUCCUGGAACGCAUCACGGCACGUUCAUCGCAACCGGCGCCGCCGACCGCACCCUGCGCAUCUGGAACCCGGAAAAGUCGAAUGUGAAGAAUUCGACGGAGCUGCGGACGCCCGGCGCGAGUGCGGUCACGUCGCUGGAGCGCGUGGCGUUUCACCCGAUCAAUGAGAAUGAGCUGGCCAGCUGCGGGAGUGACGGCAUGGUCAGAUUUUGGGAUAUCAGGAGCAAGGCAAGUGUGGGGGAGGUCAAGGUCGGGGAGACGCCGUUUACGCUGGCGUGGUCGCCGGAUGGGAGUGAGAUUGUUGCGGGGCGGAAGGAUAAUGUGCUGGCAUCGAUUGACCGCACGGCACUUCGCGUGCUUGCAGAACACCGACAACCGCUUCAGACGAACCAGUGCGUGUUCGACUGGUCGGGCAAUCACCUCUUCAUGACGGGCGGCGAUGGAAGUGUCAAGAUUGUGGAUUACCCGUCCUUCGAACCCGUACUCACGCUCAACGCCCACACGUCCUCGUGCUACGCCAUCACAAUGUCACCGAGUGGGGAGUACAUGGCAGCUGGGGGCGGAGACGCACUCGUCUCGCUCUGGGACACGCAAGAAUGGAUAUGCGUGCGCACAUUCGACCUCACAAAAGAGCUCAUCAAGAGCAUAGACUUUUCGUUUGAUGGCAGCUAUAUCACGGCGGGCUCGGACGACAAAGAAGAGAAGAAGCUUAGGAUCGCACACGUGGAGACGGGAGAGGUGGUGCAUUCGAUCGACAUCCCUACGCCGGCAUCGCAUGUCGCGUGGCAUCCAUGUCGGUAUAUCCUGGCAUACUCGGCGGAUCAACAGGGACUGAAGAUUUGGUACGUUCUCAAGCUCCAGAGCUACCCCUCUGUGCCCCGCAUCCACGACAACAACUCACCAUUGCCAGGACUUGGAGCUGCAAUUGCUUCAGCACUUUACCAGAACGGCGCCGCAAAGGUCUACAUUCUCGGCCGUCGUCGGAAUGUUCUUGAGAAGGCCAAGAGAGAGAUUGUAUCGUCGCCUCACGGGUCCCUAGCCUCCGACUCUGUCAUUCAAGAGAUCGUCUGCGAUGUAACCGAUCUCGACUCCAUCAAAGUAGCGGUUGAAACCAUCAAGAAAGAUGUAGGCUUCGUCGACGUCCUCAUCAACAACGCCGGUGUCCUCGGCCCAAAGAACGGCCAGGACAUCUACAAAGCCGAAUCCAUCGAACAGCUGGCCGACACCAUGACCAAAGACUGGGACGGCUGGGCGAACGCUUUCGCAAUCAACACCCAGGCCGUCAUCGGUGUGUCCGCCCAGUUCCUCCCGCUCCUUGAAGCAGCCAACACGCGCCGCGGCUUCGCGCCAGGCAAAGUCACCGGCACAGGCAUCGCGCGCGCCCACGACAAAUCCAAAUUAUCCCAAAUCGGCACGUCAGAAGAUGACGACCGCAUGGCGCAAAUCAUCACCGUCGCAUCCGUGGCGUCCUACAUGCGCUGGGUUUCCGCAGGCCUCGCAUACAACGCAACCAAAUCUGCCGCUGCGCACCUCGCUAAAAUGAUGUCCACCUUCCUCGCUGAAUGGGGCAUUCGAAGCAACAUCAUCGCGCCCGGACCGUAUCCCAGCGAGAUGACGGCGAGUAAUCCUGCAGCUUAUGGCACGGGACAGAUUCCGCAGGGCAGAAUGGGUGGGUUGGGAGACAUCGCGGGGACGGUGCUGUAUCUUGUGGGGAGGGGCGGGGCGUAUGUCAAUGGUUGUGUGCAGGUCACUGAUGGGGGGAGGAUGGGGGGUUUUUCCGGCUGUUUAUUAGGAGAUAUACGUUGA